GCCUGGAAAGAGCUUCAACCUUGAUGCGCUGUACGAAGAAACCGACACCAGCCGGACCAUUUUCGGCAAGGAGAUCGAGCGACGCCUCUCAUCACUCAGUGACGGCUACAGCCUAACGGUCCUGGUUUACGGUGCUUCCGGCAGCGGAAAAACCUACCUCAUGCAGGGAGAUGGCGACGACAUUCCAGGGCUGGUGUCCCUCUGCGCAGCCUGGAUCGCAGCCAAUCAGCUGGAGCGCGAAGGGUACCAGGUGUCCUUCUCCUAUUCGGAGCUGUACGGGAACAAGGUCUUCGACCUGCUGCAGCCCCAGCAGCUGGAGAUCAUGGAAGACUCUGAUCACGUUUUUCAGAUUCCUGGCCUGCAUGAAGAGGAAUUCGGCUCACUGGAUUCGUUCCUCGCGGCGUUUUCAAGAGCCAAGGGAAGGCGUCACCUCGCGGCGACGGAGGUCAACGCCGUCUCCAGCCGCUCGCACGCCAUUCUCCAGUUCAACGUUUCGCGGGACGACAACCCUGGCAUCGUCGGCCGUCUCAAGCUCGUCGACUUGGCAGGUCGCGAGCAGAACAAGGAGACGGGUAACACGGGCCAGCGCAUGACGGAGAGCUGCGACAUUAACCUCUCGCUCUCCGCGCUCAGUCGGGUCAUUGAGCAACUCAACGACCCCAAUGCGAAGCACGUGUCGUAUCGCGGAAGCAACCUCACGAAGGUCCUGCAGGACUCCCUUGGAGGCAGCAGUCGGGGAGUCAUGAUCGCCUGCCUGGCUCCGAAUGACGACAAGCUGGCGAUGGCGGUUCUGGAGGUGGCGGCGCAGUCUCGCCUGAUCCGCAACAACGUCGCCAAGACCGUGCUGCCCGCUACUCCGAAGCAGACCGUGGCGGACAGGCGCUCCCAGCUCUCCGCGUUCAAGGCCAAGAAGGCCGCCAGCAGAGCAAUCGUCCCCAGCAGCGCUGCCGGGCCGUCUUCUUUCAGCGCCAGCGGGCCCCCCAGUGUUCAAAAGGGUUACAUCCCUUAUCCUGCUCGAGUUCCACGAGAGCAACAAGUGGCUGGAGAGCUUCACCGCAUCCUGGACCCCACUCGCUUCAAGAGAAGCCCCAUCAGAGCGUCCUCCGCUGCCAACUCCACGCCCAGCCUCAUCCCCCGGCCCCGCUCAUCACUGCUCACCCGCCGCCCCGGCGACUUCCUGAGAUAUGCUGCAGAGGCACUGGAGGAACCUGAUUCUGCAGCAGCGGCAGUGGCUGUGGCAGAGGCGGCAUCGGCAUCCGCGUCAGCGUCAGCAUUCGCGUCAGGGUCAGGGGGCGGUGGUGCAGAGAGGGGGACGAGCAGCGGGGGCGGGAGGAGGAUGCGGAUAGCGGAGAAGAUGACAGCGAGCAUGGCGGCGAAGAUGGCCUCCGCAUCUGAGGCUCGGCAGGCGCUCGCGUUGAAGCGCAGCAUGGCCAAGCACCAGUCGCCAAAGAGGGCUGCCGCCGCCAGGCAGAGGGGGAUGGUCAAGCAGUCGGGAUCCGUCUCUCACGCGAAGCCUGCAGGGAAAGCGGAAGCGCAGCCUUCUGGGAAGGUUGCUGGGAAUGCUGCUGGGAAGGCUGGUGGGGAGGCUACUGAAAGGGCUGCCAGGAAUCUUCAGCGCCAGGGAUCGUCGGGGACGGCUGCGGCAGCGGAUGCUGUUGUUCAGGCGGCUGCAAACCGUGCAGCCGACGAGCUCCAGCGCCAGCGAUCGUGCGAUGGAGUCGUUGCCGCUGUGUCCGCUGCGGCAGCUGCAGCCAGCGUCGCGGCAGCAGUAGCAACGGCUGCAGGGAGUCCGCUUGCGCCGAAUGCGCAGCAGGCGCACUUCCUCUUCAUGGACACCCUGCGCCAGCAUCGGGAUGGCGGGGUGCUAGCUGCAGAGGUAGGGGAUGCGCCGGACGAGGUAGGUGCAGCAGAAGAGGACGGGGUUAGUGGUGAAAGUGGUGAGGAGAGUGAGCAGGGUUCGAUGGAGGAUGGGGACGAAUUGUCCUGUGCGACUCCCGGAGGGAGGCUGAGUGACAGCGAAGUGGUGGGCGAGAGUGAAGGUGAAGUGGAGGGGGGGGGCGAGGGCACGACUGAGUGGGAGGAGGGGUUUGUGCGGAGGGAGCUGCUGGAAUGCUACAGGGACAACGACGCUGCCGCCUCUGACACGUUUGAAGCAUCCACGUGCCAUGGCAGCUCGAAUGGCAGCACGACUGGCAGCAGUGCGGAGUCGGGAGAGGAGGCGAGCACAGCUGAUCAAGUUGGUCCUGAGAGCAAGGAGGAGGACCGGACGGGACAGAUGGGGCUGAACGAGGUGGUGGAGGAGGAGGAAUGCCACGUGGCGGCUGCACAAGAUGGCGAGAGUGACCAGGAACGAGGCCAGGGGAUGGAGCAGCUGCGGGAGGAGGGGGGUGAUGUGGUGGGCAUUGAGGGUGCAGGUUGUGGGGAGACGAACACUGAGCAAUUUGAGGGCGGUGAGGAGAUUGAGGAGGGGGAGGAGGUCGAGGGCUGCGUGGGGAGUGAGGGUGAAGUGGAGGUGGAAGCCGGGGAGGAAACGGAGGGUGGAGAGCAAGUUGAAGGUGGGGAGGAAGUCGAAGACGAAGGGUUUGUUGACGAGUUGGUAGGACAAGAGAAGGAGGACGUUUCGGGCAUGGCGGCAGGCGAGGGGGCUACAAGUGAUCCCACGUUGGAUGAAGGGGCGGCACAUCCAGAAGCUGCAACCAGUUCCAGGGCAGCAGAGUCCCCUUCUGCAGCCUCCGAGCUGGAGCGCAUUGCAAGUGUGUGGGCGAUGGAGGAUGAGGAGGGGGAAUUGGGCAAGGGCGGUGGAUGCGGGGGUGUCGCAUUCUCUCUGGUUCCGGUGGCAACGGAGAGCAUAGCAGAGGAGGACGAGGAGGAGCAGGGAGAGGGAGCGCAGGAGCAGAAUGUGCAGGAGCAGGGAGAGGGAGGGGAAGAGCAGGUGCAGAAUGCCCAUGAGCAGGGCCACGGUCCGAUACCCCUGCAGCCGCUGACGGUGCUGUCAGACAAGACACCCUCGAGGCAGCCCCUCGGCACAGUAUCGACCAACCAGUCAUCACAGCGGCCUGCCUUCCUUGACGCCAUGGCUGCUAAUGCAUUUGCACAUGUCUCCUCCCUCCCUUCCUCCCUCCCCACUCCCCUCCUUUCCUCCCCCCCUCCCUCCCGCCCUCCCUCCCUCCCUCCCUCCCUCCCUCCCUCCCUCCCUCCCUCCCUCCCUUCCUCGCCACUCUCCAUGUCUACUCUCGGAACCUUCCGGCACAUGGGGCACUUGUGCAAUGCAGGGAGGAGCUAA